AUGGUCGCCCUUGGGUACAACGAGUAUGUUACCCAGGGAGGUGACUGGGGUGGCAUCAUCACUAGGAAAAUGGCUUCUACGUAUGGUGGGAGGCACCUCAAGGCAUGGCACACCAACAUUCCAAUUCCUGAACCACCGAGCGGAAAUCGCCAUUGUCUUUCUGUCUUUCUUGCUACCUCCGUGGUCUAUAGAGGAAAGGCAGGCAUCGAGCGCACCAAACACUCGGUUACAGUCUCACUGAUAGCCCUGUUGGCCUGCUUGCUUGGAUCUAUGAGAAACUGGUCCCUUUGGACCGACAAUUACUACUGGUCUGAUGAUGAAGUGCUGACGUGGAUCUCAUUGUACUGGUUCUCCCGUGCCGGCCCUGCUGCCUCCCUCCGCAUUUACUUUGAAUUGCGUGCCGAUACCGAGGAUAUGGGCCGAAACCCCACUAUUCCUAUGGGAGCUUCGUUUUUUCCCAAAGGAGCUCAUAGUUUUAACCCGCAGCGUGCGUCUCUACCAAUCAACUUUAUUGAAGCUAAUAUGAGGGGCCAUUUUGCUGCCACUGAACGGCCGGAAGAGCUUGUUCGGGAUGUGCGGAAGAUGUUCGCGAAAGGGAGUCCUGCGUUUGGAAUUGUCCCCGGAAGAACUGGAUAUGAUUCUCACGUUCAACAAUGA